AUGCUUUCUGUUCGUAGUCUGCUUAUUGAUUCUCAACCUCAAUCGCAAGCUCAGAUCCAUCAGCCUCAACAGAAGCAAGCGAGACCCUCGAUAUUGGACAUUGCAUCUUUAUUAAAUGAUCAAGAUGAUUCGUACCUUCAUAUGAUGCUAUCAGGACAACAACAACAACAACAACAACAACAACAACACCACCACCACCACCACUACUCUUAUUAUACCCGCCAUCAUCACAACCAUCAUCAAGCUAACUACAGUCGAAGAUCGCCACCUAUAUCAUCGCAUCCGUAUUAUUUAAUUGACAAGCAUCAGCGUAGAUCUUCACGACAACAUCAAACUGAGUCAAAAAAGAUUGAGCAAGAACUGUUAGAUGAGCGUAGGCAAUCUUCCUCCUCCAAUUCAUCUUAUGUGUUCUCCUUCACAACAUCAAACUCAAACUCACAAAACGCUGGCGUUGAAGAUCAAGAUGUAGAGUAUGACUUGCCAUUAAAAGCUAAAAGAAAAAGAGCGUCCUCAAAGCAAUUACAUGUACUGAACAAAGUGUUCGAAAGAACAUUCUUUCCAUCAACUCAAUUAAGAGCUGAAUUGGGUCGUCAGCUAGGUAUGAGCCCAAGAACAGUUCAAAUAUGGUUUCAGAAUAAGCGUCAGGCAAUCCGCACACGAGAGCGUUCUAGUUCCAGUAGAGAAAACUCAAUGUCACCCGAAUAA